AUGGAUCCAUCCCGCUUCCACGGCCCGGGACCGUCCACCGCGUCCGCGUCAUCAAGCACCCCUCGCAACACCAAGAAACGCAAGUCGCCAGAGUCGGCCACCGCUCCUCUCCCGGGGCGCACUGCAAGCACUGGACCUGGCGCUGGGGGCGCCGCUGCGGGCGACCUCUCGAAAGUGCGCGCGUUCGCCGCCUGCCGCGCCUGUCGCCAGAAGAAAGUAAAGUGUCUCCCGGGACCAGCAUCGACCGUCGGCGGCGCGGGCAACGCUGCGUGCCAGCAAUGCACGCUCAGUGGAGCCGAAUGCGAGUACCAGCCUACACGCGACAGGGCCGCGUACUCGCGCGCAUACGUCCAGGACCUCUCGGGUCGCGUGCAGGCCCUCGAGGCCAUGCAGGCCCGCCUUGUGCCACUCCUUGCCGCUUUCGAGGCCAGCGGCGGCACUCUCCCCUCUGCUCUGUCAAAUGCAACUGCGAAAGCAGGCGGUGGUGGAGGUGCAGGCAGCGGGGCAGUCCGCAACACAAAGGCCGAGCCUGACGGGGACGAGACUCUGUCCGAUGAGGGAGGCCCGCACUCGCCGCGCUCGGCGGCGUCCGAUGAGGACCAAGAAAGCCGUGGCUUCCUCGCUGAUGAGCGCGGCAACUUUCGCUGGAUCGGCGCAAGCAACACCCUCUCUCUCCUCGACUCGUUUGCCGAUUCGACAAAGGAGCUGCCGUCGCGCGUCCGCUACGGCCCGCACGACAGCGACGACGGCGAGUCGCCCUCUGACGAAAUGGACAUCUCGCCACCAGAGUCCCACCCGUACUUUACUCCUGUCGCCGGUGCUGGCACUGUGCGCGCCGUCCCUGGAGUCGAGAGCGUCACCUUUCCGUCCCGCGCGGACGCUGAGAAGUUUGUUGACGCCUUCUUUGAGGACGUGCACCCGGUCCUUCCUGUCGUCCUCGAACCCGACUUUCGCCGCCGCUUCAAGCUUAUCAUGGACAAGGUUGAAGUGGGCGACUUUACCAGCCUCCGAUCUGGACCCAUGUCUGUGCUCUUUGCCAUCUUUGCACUUGGCGAGCGAGUCAUCAAGACGUCUGCCGCAUGGCAGCGUGAGCGCGCAAAGCCCGCACCGGAUGACCAGACCGUGCUCCCCGGUGAAGCCGAGGCCGGUGUCAUCUGGUUUGAGCGUGCCCAAGUGCUGCACUUUUCGUCCAUCUACGAGAUCGACAUUCACCAGGUACAGUGCCUCACGCUUCUUGCAGCGUUCCAGGCGAGCGUCAACGCCAUGCCCAACGCCUGGAUUCUGGCGAGCCAGGCGAUGCGCAUUGCCCAGGAUAUCGGUCUUCACCGCACAGCACCCCGUUUCAAGGUCAGCUUCAAGGUGAAGCAGCUCGGCUCUCGCUGUUGGUGGGCCGUCUACGGCCUCGAGCGCCUCGUCUCAGUCACGCUUGGCCGCCCGCUGUGCGUCGACGACCUUGACAUCGACGUCGCGUACCCUGCCGAGGUGGACGACAAGACCAUCAUCUCGUAUGGCGACGCUCUUACUGAGGAGGUCAUGGGCCAGCUCCCCGAGGAGGCACCCGACUCCACCAUGGGUGGCUUUGUGGCCCUCACCAAACUGUGCAAGAUUGCGGGACGUGUGGCGCAGCUCCUCUACCGCCCCAGCAACGGGAAGUCCGUCACCGACCCGACCUGGGCCGAGAGCCAGCAGCGUACCAUUGACAAGCUCCACCGCUUGCUCCAGGACUGGCUCGAGCACGAGGUGCCCAAAAAGUACAAGGACGCGUCCUCGUCGCGCUCAGUGUCCGUCAUGUCGGCUGUCCUUUCCAACUCGUACUUUUCAGUCAUGCUCGCUCUGCACCGCAACCUCUUGCCCUCCAACCCCGACUUCCCCCGUCCCAAGCCGCCACCCAACUCCCAGUCGCUUGCCCUUUGCGUAGAGGCCGCACGCUCCGUCAUCCACGUCGCGGCAAAGUCGAAUGUUCUCGUCCCAGUCUCGCACCACAUUGCCGUGUUCUGCCAAUACCUGUGGUCGUCUGCCGUCAUCCUGCUGCUGUGCGAGGUGCGCGCCAAGGAGCAGCUCGUCCUCGAUGCUGUAGGUGCUCAGGUCGAGUCGUGCCACUAUGCCCUCCAGGCUCUCGAGCCCGUGUGGCCCGGCUGCAAGAAGCUCCGCGAUCUCCUCACCGACGUCGAGACGCGCGCAAAGGAGGUGCGCGCCAACGUUACCCUCCCUCGUCACGUCUCCAAGAAGCGCAAGUCAACCUCGAGCGAGAACGGUGCUGCUGUCGCCGCUACCGCUCGCAGGGUGCCAUACCCCAAGCCCCAGUUGUCCGACCCCGGAGCGACCGCUGGCCUCCCUCCUGCCGCAUUUGAGCGCCCCGCCCUUCCCCAAUCGACGCACACUCACACUGGCAUGCACCUCAUGCCCCACACGUUGGACCCGAGUACAUUCGACAUCUUCGACGUCGGAGGCAUGAACUUUGACGGUCUCGAGAUGCUCAACGCAUUCACAAGCGACGCAUGGAACGCCCCCAUGCCCACGUCCGUCUCGCCCAUGGGCAGCGCUGCGUCCAGCACCCCUGCUCCCGGGGGCAUGCCCCCGCUCAAGCACCACCACAGCCAGACCCAGACCCCGAACCAGACCCAGCAGCACCGUUCCCCCGCAUCCCGUCUCGACCCCACGCCGCCCUCCAUGGCGGUCCCCUCCCCACAGACCGCGACCGGCACGGCGGGCGCUGCCGCUGCCGCGUCUGCGUGGUUCACGCAGGGCCUCGGACCCGCCGCGCCGUCCCCGGCCCCCGGCCCCGCAGAGCUGGCGGAGAUGUGGGCCCAGAUUGCCGGCACGAGCUUUGACUGGCAGGCCGACCCCAAUGUGCCCUUCCAGAUUUAG